UUGACGAUGCAUGACUUCCGUGUGAUAUUCCUCCUUGCUGGCGUUACUCUGGCUGCCGCUCAAGGCACUUGGGGCCCCACAGUUUUUGGUGGACAAGGCCCUAUAAGUGCAUUGCCUGGCAACCCUUUAAGCUUUGGCCCUUUUGCUCGUCCUGGUAGCUACCCAGCAAACAUAAAUGGCGGACUUCCGGAAAAUGGAUUUCCAAGUGGUAUUCCGAGUGCAAGUCCAGGUGUAAUUCCAAACGGAUUCUCUGGCGGAAUCCAAAGUGGAGGUCCAGGUGGAAUACAGAAUGGAGUUCCAGGUGGAAUUCCGAUUGGCAUUCCAGGUAGUCGUCCUGGUGUUCAACCAGUUCCAUGGGGACCAUCUGGUGGCUCUCCUGGCGGUCGUCCUAGUGGACUUCCUGGCGUUCGUCCUGGUGGCCUUCCUGGUGGGCUUCCUGGUGGCCCUCUUGGUGGCUUUCCUGGUGGCCUUCCUGGUGGACUUCCUGGUGGUCCUCCUGGUGGACUUCCUGGUGGUCCUCCUGGUGGUCCUCCUGGUGGUCCUCCUGGUGGUCCUCCUGGUGGACUUCCUGGUGGCCGUCCCAGCGGCUUUCCUGGUGGGCUUCCUGGUGGCCCUAUUGGUGGACUUCCUGGUGGUCCUCCUGGUGGCCCUCUUGGUGGACUUCCUGGUGGGCUUUCUGGUGGCCCUAUUGGUGGACUUCCUGGUGGUCCUCCUGGUGCCUUUCCUGGUGGCCUUCCUGGUGGAUUUCCCGGUGGACUACCCGGUGGUUUUCCUAAUAAUCAAUUUCCUUGGGGUCCAUGGACACCUGCAACUACAACAGAAGCAAGCCCCGUCACCACUACAGCAGUGAACGAUGAAACCACGACAGAAGAGAACAUCGAAACCACAACAGGAGAGAACGAUGAGUUUGACAUCGAAACUACCACUGGAGAAAACGAUGAUGAAACAACGACAACAGAGCUUAACGUAGAAACCACAACAGGAGAGAACGAUGAUGAAACCACAACAACAGAGUUUGACAUCGAAACCACAACAGGAGAGAACGAUGAUGAAACCACAACAACAGAGUUUGACAUCGAAACCACAACAGGAGAGAACGAUGAUGAAACCACAACAACAGAGUUUGACAUCGAAACCACAACAGGAGAGAACGAUGAUGAAACCACAACAACAGAGUUUGACAUCGAAACCACAACAGGAGAGAACGAUGAUGAAACCACAACAACAGAGUUUGACAUCGAAACCACAACAGGAGAGAACGAUGAUGAAACCACAACAACAGAUUUGACAUCGAAACUACCACUGGAGAAAACGAUGAUGAAACAACGACAACAGAGUUUGACAUCGAAACCACAACAGGAGAGAACGAUGAUGAAACCACAACAACAGAGUUUGACAUCGAAACCACAACAGGAGAGAACGAUGAUGAAACCACAACAACAGAAGUUUGACAUCGAAACCACAACAGGAGAGAACGAUGAUGAAACAACGACAACAGAGCUUAACGUAGAAACUACCACUGAAGAGAACGAUGAUGAAACCACAACAACAGAGUUUGACAUCGAAACCACAACAGGAGAGAACGAUGAUGAAACAACGACAACAGAGCUUAACGUAGAAACUACCACUGAAGAGAACGAUGAUGAAACCACAACAACAGAGUUUGACAUCGAAACCACAACAGGAGAGAACGAUGAUGAAACCACAACAUCUACCACUGAAGAGAACGAUGAUGAAACCACAACAACAGAGUUUGACAUCGAAACCACAACAGGAGAGAACGAUGAUGAAACCACAACAACAGAGUUUGACAUCGAAACUACCACUGGAGAAAACGAUGAUGAAACAACGACAACAGAGCUUAACUUUGACAUCGAAACUACCACUGGAGAAAACGAUGAUGAAACAACGACAACAGAGCUUAACGUAGAAGCUACCACUGAAGAGAACGAUGAUGAAACCACAACAACAGAGUUUGACAUCGAAACCACAACAGGAGAGAACGAUGAUGAAACCACAACAACUACCACUGAAGAGAACGAUGAUGAAACCACAACAACAGAGUUUGACAUCGAAACUACCACUGGAGAAAACGAUGAUGAAACAACGACAACAGAGCUUAACGUAGAAACUACCACUGAAGAGAACGAUGAUGAAACCACAACAACAGAGUUUGACAUCGAAACCACAACAGGAGAGAACGAUGAUGAAACCACAACAACAGAGUUUGACAUCGAAACCACAACAGGAGAGAACGAUGAUGAAACCACAACAACUACCACUGAAGAGAACGAUGAUGAAACCACAACAACAGAGUUUGACAUCGAAACCACAACAGGAGAGAACGAUGAUGAAACCACAACAACUACCACUGAAGAGAACGAUGAUGAAACCACAACAACAGAGUUUGACAUCGAAACCACAACAGGAGAGAACGAUGAUGAAACCACAACAACUACCACUGAAGAGAACGAUGAUGAAACCACAACAACAGAGUUUGACAUCGAAACCACAACAGGAGAGAACGAUGAUGAAACCACAACAACAGAGUUUGACAUCGAAACCACAACAGGAGAGAACGAUGAUGAAACCACAACAACUACCACUGAAGAGAACGAUGAUGAAACCACAACAACAGAGUUUGACAUCGAAACCACAACAGGAGAGAACGAUGAUGAAACCACAACAACAGAGUUUGACAUCGAAACUUCAACAGGAGAGAACGAUGAUGAAACCACAACAACAGAGGUUGACAUCGAAACCACCACUGAAGAGAACGAUGAUGAAACCACAACAACAGAGUUUGACAUCGAAAGCACAACAGGAGAAAACGAUGAUGAAACAACGACAACAGAGAAUAAUGAGGAAACGACCACAGAGCACCACCACAGGAAAAAGCAUAAGAAGCAUAACAAGAAAGGACAUAAAAAAGACAAGAAGAAGAAGAAAGGACAUAGAAACCAUCACGACAACAGGAGGCAAUAUAGACUCUUCGACUGGGGUGAUUAUUAA